GAGGUACUUACCUGAGGUCUACAUUAUUGCUGUUGUUUCUUUUGGUACCUAUUGAGCAACCUCCUUGCCAACCUUUCCAUCCUCCUUCUUCACCACUCCCUCCCCGUCCCGUCUCUAAUCUCCCUCCAUCUUUCUUCCAUCAUCAUCAACAUUCGAGGAAGAAUCUUCACCAUCAACCCCCCUCGAGGAAUAUCGCAUCCAGUCUUUUGACGCCAUUUUUCUUUUCUUGCAUAUCCCCCGAAUACCCUUGAGCAGCCAACUCCCUUCCCCCUUCUCUUCCGACGAAUUCCUCCCCUAGUCUUCAUCCAACAUGGCUGAGAUUCGCCGCAAGCUGGUCAUCGUCGGUGACGGUGCCUGUGGUAAAACCUGCUUGUUGAUCGUCUUCUCCAAGGGAACUUUCCCCGAGGUCUACGUACCCACCGUUUUCGAAAACUACGUCGCCGAUGUUGAGGUCGAUGGCAAGCACGUCGAGCUAGCCUUAUGGGAUACGGCUGGCCAGGAAGACUACGAUCGUCUCCGACCGCUCUCCUACCCGGAUUCCCACGUUAUCUUAAUCUGCUUCGCCGUCGACUCCCCCGAUUCCCUGGACAACGUUCAGGAGAAGUGGAUCUCUGAGGUGCUUCACUUCUGCCAAGGCCUGCCCAUCAUCCUCGUUGGCUGCAAGAAGGAUCUGCGCUACGACUCUAAGACUAUCGAGGAGCUACGUAAGACCAGCCAGAAGCCCGUUUCCCCUGAGGAGGGUGAGGAUAUCCGCAAGAAGAUCGGCGCCUACAAGUAUCUCGAGUGCUCGGCCAAGACGAACGAGGGCGUCCGCGAGGUUUUCGAGCACGCCACCCGCGCUGCUCUACUAUCACGCAACCGCCAGAAGAAGCACUCCAAGUGCUUAGUCCUUUAAACGCACCGUCGAUUCCCUUUAUGAUACCUUCAAUAUACCGUCGUAAUCCGUCGUCGUCCUCGCAGGCUCUUUCUACGGGCGAGAUACGCAGAUGAUAACAAGGGUUUUGGACGGACUGGAAGGGUUGGACCUCCUCGGCAUCAUGGUCUCGGCUGGAGCUUGAUUCGUCUACUCAUAACCACCGCCUCGGCCGGUGUGCAACUCAGGGGGUUAUUGUACUGGAACUCCCACGGACUGGGGGGAACAGAGCAGGCGGCAUGCUCUGCCGUCGGAAGAGAAGGGGAGGAGAGAUGUGUUGGGUGUGUGCGUAUGUGUGUGUCAAGAUUGGCGAGCCAACCCCAGAGAAUACGGCUAUAUUAUAAAUCUUCUCCUUUUUUUUUAUCUGGUCUCUUGAUAGUUCCUCUCGCGUCGGACCAACCGGAGAUGGAAAUUUGUCGCGAAGGGGCUGCUCCCGCGGUUCUUUUUCCCCCAAUCGUACUGCUUUGCUAAUGCUCAGGUCCCGGUGUUCUCUCUCUC